AUGGCGUCUACAAACGCCCCGUUGCCCGCGGGGUCUACGACCACCCUCGCCAAACCCUCCGUCGCGAGGAAGGCUGCUGCCUCGCAGCCCGUACCUCGCAAACGCGUCGAGCCUGCCAUCCCUCUGCCUUAUCUCCAACGUCGACCCAAGAAACCAACCGCUUCUACGCAGCUACCCUCUCCUUUGCGAACCAACAGUGAAGACGCAGCUCCGAGCCCGACCCAAGAGCAGCCCCGAGCUCAGGCAGAAGAAGUCAAGACCGACGCAGACGACCGCAAACAGGCUGUCGACGGUCUGCCUGCGCAGACAGUCGAACAAAAGGGAACCGGCGAGGCAAACCACGACGCCGUACCCAACCACCAGGAGCCCAAGUCAGUAUCGGCUGGUUCUGCUACACAAGACGCCGUCGUGUCUCCACCGGCCUCCGGAGAACUGACACCCCCAGAAACCGCCCCAAGCGCUCCCUCGUCGGUCUCUUUCCCUCCCCAAGCCAUGUCGCCGGCCCCGUACAACGGCGUGGCUCCCCCGCCCUUUCCGCCAGCCGACACCCAUCCUGCCCACUUUCGAGGCCCUGUUCCCGCGCCCAUCCACUUGCCACAGCUGAACCUCACCCACCGGGCUGUGCACCAGCACCACCCCAGCAAUGGCAGUCUGGUCUUUGGCGGGUUCCCCGGAUCCAACACACCGUCGCCCGCCCCCAACUCUGGAGGUGCCUUCCCUCCUCCGAUGAACAUGGCCCGCGAGCAGAUGCCGGUGCCUGGGAUCGAUGCGUUUGGCCGACCAAUGCUUUCAGCUGCGCCGAAUGACAGCAUUGUGCAAGUUCCCAUGAACCAUGGCCCCAUGACUCCACACAGCUUCCACGAAUCUCAGUCCUCACGAACGGCAGAUGAAAUCGGCGCCACAAUGCCGUUUGUAAACGGCCAUAGCGGGAUGGAGUUUCGGGGGCCCAGACCUCCUCCUGGCAUCAGGGUUCCUCCGGCACCGAGCAACCAACCGCAAUUCAACGCCGAAGGCCUCGAAAUUGCCGAUGCCAUGAUGUUCACGGACCGAAUCAACGACAUGUUCUCAAAGCCCGCCUUCGCCGACUGCGAUGUUUGCCUGGUCCUGCCUGACCGCUUGACGCCUAUCAACUCGCAACACCCGGGGCAACUUGACGCGCCCUUGCGAAUGCCCGCUCACAAGCUCAUUCUGUCGAUGAACCCCAUCCUCGCGAAACUCAUGCAAAAGCAAGCAGAGCAGCAAAAUGCCCUUCGCCAUGGCCUUCAUGAGGUCCGCAUCGCCUCGGACGACCCUUACCUGCGGGCUGACUCCAUGUGGAGAGCGAUCAAGCACGUGUACGGUUUCCGCUACGUCCCUAUGGGAAAGAUCGCACCGGACAAUUCGGACGGCGAAAAGUUCCACUUUGCUCUCGGUUACGCUGCCGCCGGUGCAUUGUUGGAGAUACCUCACAUCUCCAUCAACGCUAUCGGGGAGGCGUCGAAGCUGCUGAGCUGGGACACAAUUGAGAAGGGCGUGGAGUUUGCGCUGCGUGAAUCAGUCAUGGUCCUCAACAGGAUGGACGGCCCCCAUGGUCGCCUCUUCCCGUUUCAGUACAGGCACGGCAUCUACGUGAACGAGCUUGUGGAGAAGAUCAUCAUGUUCAUCAUCACCCACUUCCCCAAUAACUUUACCCUGGACACCACAGUUGACAAUACACGGUACGCUCGUCUGCCACCGACUCUGCCCGUUCGAGAGACAGCAGGACCAGAGAUUGUGAACGGCAUUCGGGCCCCGCCACAAAUGUCGUCACGAAAAUCCAUGCCGAGAUUCGGAGACCUCGACCCCGACGAGCACGACGGCGACGGAAAGGCUGUGUCGCACCAGGAGCCUUUCGAGCACGCUGCUGCACUCUCUCGGAUCCUGCUCAACCUACCUUUCGAGAUGGUGAAAUUCCUACUCGAGAGCAGCAAUAUUGGAGGGGUUUCGGGCUGGCAGACAGCUCAAGACCGACGGCGAGCUCUCCCUCACGUGGUCGCAGCGCGGGAGAACCGCCGUCUGCGUUUUGUCUCGGAAUUCAUGGCUGGCCGGCACGAAGGCCCGGACCCCGGGGCGGCUCUGCGGAGCCAGGAACCUCAGCUGCUCGAGGGUGUCUGGAACAGUGUCUGCUGGAGGGAGCAAUGCGUGCCGAAUGGAGAUGCGCCUGUCAUCGAGCGGGUUUGGGAGCCCUUUAGGGACAGCAGGUAG